AUGGAUGACGAUUCAGUGGUUUCGCGAUCUAUAUCACUGUCUCUCUCAGCGCCGGCGGUCUCCCAGACGGUUUCAUCAACCCCCCGCGGACUUUCUUCCCGUUCUGUGGACGCACCAGACGGGAUUUCAUUACCUGAAUCUGCAGCCAUCCCUGACGGGCCCUCUAUCACCUUUCCUCCCGGCGAUUCAGCUUCACCCACUGCGAGCGUAUCUACUAUGUCUCAUAGUACUACUGCCUCAGUUAAGCCGUCAGCGUCUCUGCCUGUAAAGAAUCCUGCUGGUCCUGCGCUAUCGGAGUCCAGCAGCUCUGAUGGGGCUGAGCCGACGACGACGACACGAGCUCCUGCUCCGCCAGCGGCGAGUCCUGAGACUUCUACACGGCGAUCCUCAGCGCCUGCUGAACCUGCGACCACAAGGCCUGUAUCUUCAACGCCGCGCACAAACGGACAGACUCUUCCUGCACGUACGAGUUCUCCGACAAGUACAAGCACACCGUUGUCUAUCGACGUCGUAGGAGCUAUUGGCCAAGCGUCUUCGACGACCUCUGCAGUUCGACACAUGAUCACUCGUACUAUUACUGAUGUCCCAGAAUCGACGUUUUCCCGACCCGUUUCCGUGACUGUAACCGACUCCAUUAACGGCGAAACGUCGGUUGCAGCUCCACCUUUUGUCACCAUCCUUAGUACUUCCACGGAACCAGAUGGCUCGUCGAUAACCUUCACGCACGUCAUUGCCAAUCCUACCGGGUUUGAUUCGAAUAACUCCGCAGUCAGUAACCAGUCAGUAUUGGAUGACAGGGGCGCUGCCGCUGGUAUUUUCGUCUCAGUGGGUCUUGUCGCCGCGUUGAUUGCUGGAGUGAUAUUUGUGCUCUGUCGUCGGCGCCGUCGUAGACUCCGCCGCGAGCAAUGGCUAGAUGGCAUCCAGAAUCCCCGCCCACCCUCUGAUCCGUUUACUGAUCCACCCAUGAUUGGCGUCAACAUUCAUUCUGAUAACACCACUCGAUCAGCCGCUGGUAGAAAUCUCCUUGACGACGAAGUGCGCUCGUCGAUUUCGGCAGGACACCACCACCAGCCGAUGUUCAGCCAGAGUCAGCCCGGUGGAGCAUCAAACAGAGCCGGUGAUAAUCCAUUCGGCGACAACGUGCAUCCGCACACCAAUAUCGGUCUUGCGAUCACCUCGGACCAAUAUGCGAGUCUGCAUAGACAGUCAAGGCUGUCACUUGCUCCAUCCACUCCUUCAAUGUAUCCCGCAUCCUUGCCGCCAUCAGACAGGGACGCCGACUCUGUGUAUGAGCAAGAAUCGAGCAUCACUCAUUUGAAUCCUAACACUCUCGUCGCUCCGCAACCCGUUCAGCCGUCCGUAAAGCCUCUAUUGACCCGGAUCCCUGUACCACCACACCCACCUCCACAAGUGCCUCCGCGAUCCCUCAGCAGACCCAAGUCGGCAAAGUUGUCGGAUUAUAAUCCGUUCGGCACACCGCCGUCUUCCGUCUCGUCACACUCGAAACCUGCUACGCCCACGGAUGAUCAUGGUCGUCCCUUGGUCCAUAUAUGGGAUGAUCGUACCGUGACUCCCCCCGAACCCGAACAAAUGUACGCCAAAAAUCCAGCAGAUAUCUUGACCAGGCGUACUUUACUAGACGUACGUCCAAAAGUAAACCGAGAUACUUUUGGUGGAGUCUUGUCAUGA